CUUGAAAUGCAGUGGGCGAUGAAGGCAUUCAAGCAUGCAGAGGUUUAUUAUAAUUUGAUAUCUUCAGUUGAUUCAAGGAGCUUAAAACUUACAAAACACGAUGAUGAGAUUUUGGAACAUUUCAACAAAGAUUUUCCUGACUUCAACAUUCAGAAAUUUGAUGAGGAUGAUUUGAAAACAGAAAGUGCUAAAUUUAAAUGGAGGCCAUUUUGUAAUCAUUUUGAUGGUACUGUGGAAGACUUCAACUUUGGAACCCUGCUAAGAUUAGAUUGUUCAAAAGAUUACUCAGAAGAAAACUCAACUCUUGCCACAAGAAUUCAGUUUUAUGCAAUAGAAAUUGCCAGAAACAGAGCUGGGUUGAAUUUGGUGAAUAGAAAGAAAGGAGAAAGGAAGGAGAAUGAUAAGGAGAGCAAAGUAAAUGACAAGUCAUAGCAGUUCCUGAGCCCUUCCUUAUACCCGGGCAUUCACUGCCUGUAAGAUGGUCAUACGAUUGUCAAAUACAACUCUGCUCCCCAUGAAUUACCAUUAAAAACGAUCUGUUGCGCGCACAUCGUGAUGUUGCGUUCUUCGUAGAAUCCUGUUGGCCGAUGACCAUCUGGCGCAGUGUAUGUCCGGCUUAACAACAAUGAAAUUAUCGCGUGUUAAUAAUACAUUUGUAUCACAAACAUUGUAUAUAUAAUUUACUAAAUUCUAAGCCUUCCGUUAAUGAUAUUAAAGCAAACAUACUUAAUAAUUUAUUGCAGUAUACUGUAUAUUAUAUAGUGAAAGUGUAGAUAAAAGAAUACUAUAAUAAGGUAUGGUAUAAAUUUAGCAACAUUGAACUUUGUAUCUGAGCUAUUUUUAUGCCUAGACAUUCAAAACAAAUGUUUACGAGCUGCUGACAUUUAUUUGCUGGCUUAUAUUGAAACAUUUCAUCCAGAUUAAAAUGAGAUAUUGACGCUGUGA